AUGGGAGGUCAUCCGCGGCGAAGCGAAGGUGUCGGCGCGAGCAAGGUGGGGAGCAAGGUGGAUGAUGAGCCGAAGAGCCCGUUGGAGCACGAAGAGGUGGAUACCGUAUUGGAGGACAUCGUGACGGGGCCGACGAGUGCCCCGCGAACUUCGACAACUUCGGCUGCUACGUCGUCGCCUUCGUCCUCGUCCACAAAGGCUUCCUCUACCUCGCCUUCGUCCUCAGCUUCGUUAUCUAGCAACCAGGACAACUCCACCCCUAGCUCCAGCUCGUCUAACAAUUACAGCUCGAGCUCUAACAAUGGUAGCAGCAGUAGUGGCGGUAACAAUAACAACAAUAACAACUCCGGCAACAACAACGAUGGUGGGGAUUCACCUCCACCUCCGUCGAAGACGGGUAAAGAGGUCGCCAAGGUUUCUAUUCCGGACGAGUACCCUCAGGUCUUGGCUUUGCCUAUCACCAGGAGACCUUUGUUCCCUGGCUUCUACAAGGCCGUGACCAUCACCUCGCCCCCGGUCAUCAAGGCCAUCCGUACUCUCCUACAACGUGGCCAGCCGUACAUCGGUGCAUUUCUGCUCAAGGACAGCAACGCCGAUUCCGACGUCAUCACCUCGCCCGACCAGGUCUACCCUGUCGGAGUUUUUGCGCAGAUCACCAGUGUCUUUGGAGCUGGCGAUGGAGUGGGGCAAGAUGGAAAGACCAUCGAGGGUGCCACCGGGUCUGACGGCGAAAAGAAGGAAUCGUUGACGGCGGUCUUGUACCCGCAUAGGAGGAUCAGGAUUGACGAGCUCUUGACGGAACGCCCGGCUCAGGGUCAGAGCGCAUCGGAACAGGAGGAGACGAGCGGAAAGGUAGAGAAGCCGAGCGAGGUCGUGGAGCCCGUCGAGGGCGGCAAACCAGAGGCCGAGGUGGCGAGUUUCGAGCUUGCCGACGUGCCUACCGUCGAGGAGAUUCAGCAGGACAUGCACCCCAGGUCCGAUGCCAAGUCCACCGAGCCCAACUCGUCGUCAGCGCCCGCGCCCCAAUCGCACAUCUCGUUCCUUCACUCGAUGGUCCCCGAGAUCUCGCUGACCAACGUGUCCAAUCUCGACCUCGAGCCGUUCAACAAGGACGACCAGAUGAUCAAGGCCGUCAUGAACGAGCUGCUCAGCGUGUUCAAGGAUAUCGCUCAGUUGGCGCCCAUCUUCCGGGAACAGAUCACCUCGUUCACCAUCAACCAGAGCAGCUCGAACGUGUUUGACGACCCGGACAAGUUGGCCGAUUUCGCAGCGGCCGUGUCUUCCGGCGACGUCCAAGAACUUCAGGGAGUCUUGGAGUCGCUCUCGGUUCAAGACCGAUUGCAAAAGGCGCUGACGAUCCUGAAAAAGGAACUCAUCAACGCUCAGCUGCAGAGCAAGAUUGCCAGGGACGUCGAGAACAAGCUCCACAAGCGCCAACGCGAGGUCUACCUGAUGGAACAGCUCAAGGGGAUCAAGAAGGAAUUGGGUAUGGACAGCGAUGGCAAGGACAAGUUGGUCGAGGGGUUCAAGGAAAAGGCAGGGAAACUCGCCAUGCCCGAAGGUGUCAAGACGGUGUUUGACGAAGAGAUCAACAAACUCAUGCACCUCGAACCGGCUGCGAGCGAGUUCAACGUCACGCGAAAUUACCUCGACUGGCUGACUCAGAUCCCUUGGGGAGUCCACUCGCCAGAAAACUUCAACAUCACCCAUGCCGUCAAGGUGCUUGACGAAGAUCACUACGGUCUAAAGGACGUCAAGGACAGGAUCCUCGAAUUCCUCGCCGUCGGUAAACUCCGGGGUACCGUCGAGGGAAAGAUCAUCUGUAUGGUCGGACCUCCCGGUGUGGGAAAGACGAGUAUUGGGAAAUCGAUCGCGAGGGCCCUGGACAGGCAGUUUUACCGAUUCUCUGUCGGUGGUCUGACCGACGUCGCCGAGAUCAAGGGUCAUCGAAGGACUUAUAUCGGAGCCAUGCCGGGCAAACCCAUCCAGGCUCUCAAGAAGGUCGGCACCGAGAACCCGCUCAUUUUGAUUGAUGAGAUUGACAAGGUCGGUCGAGGUCACAACGGUGACCCUUCGAGCGCCCUACUGGAGAUGCUGGACCCGGAACAGAACGGGUCAUUCUUGGAUCACUACAUGGACGUUCCUGUCGACCUUUCCCGAGUCUUGUUCGUGUGCACCGCCAACACUCUCGAGACGAUUCCGGCACCCCUGCUCGACCGAAUGGAAGUCCUUGAAGUCAGCGGAUAUGUCUCCGACGAAAAGCUCGCCAUUGCCGAUCGAUACCUCGCUCCGCAGGCCAAGGAAGCCAACGGUUUGGGUGAUACCGACAUCAAGCUUGACCCUGCUGCUAUCCAGGCCUUGAUCCGAAACUACUGCCGUGAGAGCGGUGUGCGAAAUCUCAAGAAGCACAUUGACAAGAUUUAUCGAAAGGCAGCUUUCAAAAUUGUCACUGACCUCGGCGAGAAGGGUUUGCCUGAACCACCCAAGGCAACCGCCACUGAAGACGCCGGUACCGUUGUGGCGCAACAACCCGACGUGAAGCCGGCUUCGGAACACUUGCCGGGUGAUGAUUCGCCUGCUCCAGGCGCCCCCGGGACCGAGAAGAAGGUCACUACCGCCCCGAGGCAGUCCAUGCAGGUACCCAGCGACGUCUCGGUGCAUAUUACGACCGACAACCUGAAAGACUAUGUCGGUCCGGCCGUCUAUCACAAGGACAGGCUGUAUGUCAAGGCUCCCCCUGCAGGAGUCAGUACCGGUUUGGGUUACUUGGGUAACGGCUCAGGGUCGGUCAUGCCCAUCGAAGCUACUUCAAUGCCCGGUAAGGGCAAUCUGCAGCUCACCGGAAAGCUCGGCGAGGUCAUUCGAGAGUCUGCUCAGCUCGCUUUGAGCUGGGUCAAAUCGAAUGCCUUUGCGUUGGGCAUAACCUCGAGCGAGUCCGACCUCUUCUUGCAGGAUCGUGAUAUUCAUCUGCAUAUGCCAGAAGGCGGUAUUGGCAAAGAGGGACCUAGCGCGGGUACCGCGUUAUUGUCCGCUUUCGUGUCACUAUUCACCAAGACCAAGGUCGACCCAAAUUUUGCUUUGACAGGAGAAAUUACGCUUCUUGGACAAGUCUUGCCGGUCGGUGGCCUCAAGGAGAAGAUUCUUGCCGCUCACCGAGCAGGAAUGAAGAAGCUCAUUGUCCCGGCAGCAUGCAAGUCGGAUAUCGACGAAAACGUCCCACCAAGCGUCAAGGAGGGUAUCGAAUUCGUCUUUGUGGAUGAUGCUAGACAGGUUUUGCACGAGGUGUUUGCCAACGAACCCCUCCUCAAGAGGUUGCAAGAGCAUUUGCCCCUCGAAAACGGUGAACCCGUUCGCACGAAGCAUUGA